GUCUUUCUUUAUAUUCUGCUUACCGACUCCCUCCUCCCUCCUCCCUUGCCUCUCUCUCUCUCUCUCUCCUCUUAUUUGUGUAGAGGGGGGGAAUGGUUGUGUAUCCUGUGGACCAGUUUUCUCUCGCUUUGAUUGAAUUCCUUUUUCUCUUUAUCUCUUCAUCUUCAUUUCGACCCAAUCUCUCUUCUAUUUUUUCUCGUAAUUUGUAAUCCAAUCCGUUCAUCUUGGUCGCAGGCAUGGAAGAAGCUAAAGUGGUGGAAACCAAGGAUGGAACCAUUUCUGUAGCUUCUGCAUUUGCUGGUCACCAGGAAGCUGUCCAGGACAGAGACCACAAAUUUUUAACAAGAGCAGUUGAAGAAGCAUAUAAAGGGGUAGAUUCUGGACAUGGAGGUCCUUUUGGCGCCAUUGUUGUUCGGAAUGAUGAAGUUGUUGUGAGCUGUCACAACAUGGUCUUGAAUCACACAGACCCAACUGCCCAUGCAGAGGUGACUGCAAUAAGAGAGGCAUGCAAAAGACUCAACAAAAUUGAGCUCUCAGAUUGUGAAAUAUAUGCCUCUUGUGAGCCUUGUCCAAUGUGCUUUGGAGCCAUUCACCUUUCACGAAUCAAGAGGCUGGUUUAUGGUGCCAAGGCCGAAGCAGCUAUAGCCAUCGGGUUUGAUGAUUUCAUUGCAGAUGCACUGAGGGGGACCGGUUUCUACCAGAAGGCCCACUUGGAGAUAAAAAAAGCUGAUGGUAAUGGGGCCAUUCUUGCAGAACAAGUCUUCGAGAAGACGAAGGAGAAAUUUCGUAUGUACUGAUUUCUCCUAUAUCACAUAACAGGAUUAUCACCAUUGAACUCCUCAAUUUGUUUUGGAUAUUUUUUUUUUUUUAACCCUCUUUCGUCUUGCUACUUGUAUGAUUCAAUUCAACUGUUACAUAAAAUUCAGUUAGAUCCACCAUUUGUAACAAGUUGAAGAUUGUGAAAAAGUGGGAAAUGUGAUGGAGCAAAUCGAAGUGGAUGCAUCACUAUCCUAAUUUAUGUAUCCAACAGUACAUAUGUUAUUUGAAUUUAAUUGAAUCUGAUGAUUGUUUCA